AUGAAUCCAAAAAUAUCAGAUUUUGGAAUGGCAAGAGCUUUUGGGGUGAAUGAGUUAGAAGCAAAUACAAACAGAAUUGUUGGAACGCAUGGCUACAUGUCUCCAGAGUACGUUUUUAAUGGCGUUGUCUCAAUGAAAACUGAUGUAUAUAGUUUUGGAGUCAUGGUAUUAGAAAUUGUGACUGGUAAGAAGAAUAACGGUUGCUAUGAUACAGAGCGUCCACUCAACCUUGUUGGAUAUGCAUGGCAGCUGUGGAAUGAAGGUAAAGGUUUAGAAUUGAUUGACCAAACAAUGGACGAAUCUUGCUCUACCAAUGAAGUGUCGAGAUACCUGAAUGUAGGUCUCUUGUGCGCGCAAGACCAGGCAAAGGAUAGGCCAACAAUGUCGGAGGUUGUUUCCAUGCUUACAAACGAGACUAUGGUUCUACCUACACCAAAGCAACCGGCGUUUUUCAUUAAUAAUAUUAUUUCUGAAGUGCCUGAAGUUCCUAAAAACAGGUUUGAAAUUUGUUCAGCAAAUAACGUAACAAUAUCAAAGAUGGAAGGAAGAUAG